AUGAUGCUGGGCAGCUUCUUCUGGCAGGUCUUUGUGGCAAAACUUAGGCAUGCGCCAAUAGAACUCAGGAAAAGGCUGGAUGAGAUAAGACUUCUGGAGUCACGUAAAUCAGCGAGACUAGCUGAUGUUGAUACAGACUUCGCAAGGCUUGCAGAUAUGGCCGGAGACCGCCGUAGAGCCUCCGCUACCAUUGAAGUACCAGCACAUCAUAUGCAGGGGUAA